AUGGCUUCCGUUCUCGACCAGAUCAAAAAGUGGACAGUUAUUGUUUCAGACACUGGAGAUUUCGAAUCAAUCGCUCAAUAUAAGCCACAAGAUGCAACGACAAAUCCGUCAUUGAUAUUGAAUGCGACUAAAAAGAGUUCGUAUCAGCACUUGAUAGAUUCUGCAAUUGAAUAUGCAAAGACGAAAUCUGGCACGACCGACGAUAAAGUUGAAUGGGCGAUCGAUAAACUGCUUAUUAACUUUGGCGUCGAAAUCCUAAAAAUCAUUCCUGGUCGUGUCUCUACUGAGGUUGAUGCAAAGCUUUCAUUUGAUAAAGAGGCUACAAUCGCAAAGGCCAGACGUCUGAUCGGUCUUUACAAAGAAGUUGGAAUUCCUAAAGAGCGUGUGUUGAUCAAGAUUGCAUCAACAUGGGAAGGCAUUCGAGCCGCUGAGGAAUUGGAACGUGAAGGCAUACACUGUAAUUUGACUUUGUUGUUCUCAUUCCCUCAAGCCGUGGCGUGUGCUGAAGCCGGCGUCACUUUGAUCUCCCCCUUCGUUGGCCGUAUUCUUGACUGGUAUAAAAAAGCUACCGGCAAGAUUUACGCUCCCGCCGAAGAUCCAGGUGUAAGUUCCGUGACCCGCAUCUAUAAUUACUACAAGAAUCACGGCUAUAAGACUAUAGUUAUGGGUGCAUCGUUCCGAAACAUUGGCGAAAUCAUAGAAUUGGCUGGAUGCGACUUUUUAACUAUUAGUCCCGCAUUGUUGGCAUCACUUAAAGAUUCUCAUGACAUUAUUGAGAGGAAAUUGAGUCCUGAAAAAGCUGCUGCUACGAAAGAAGAAAAGGUUACGUUUGAUGAGAAAUCCUUCCGAUGGGCCUUGAACGAGGACGCAAUGGCUACCGAAAAGCUUUCUGAGGGGAUUCGCAAGUUUGCUGAAGAUGCUACCACUCUGAGAGCACUACUUAAACAAAAGCUUGGAUAA